GGCUGAGGGUUGACACGUCUGAGUGAGAGAGACUGAGGCUGAGCACCACCACCACCACCACCAACUAGCGGCGACCGGUGACCGGCGACGGAGAUUCCAUACGCUCUUUAUUAAAGAAAUGGUGAUUCCUCCACCAGUUAGACCAGACAGAGUGCUGAAGUAUCUCAAACCUUACGUGCUGAGGAUGCACUUCACAAACAAGUAUGUAAAUGCUCAAGUAGUUCACACACCAACAGCAACAGUGGCUGCUUCUGCAAGCUCACAAGAGAAAGGCUUAAGGCUUGCCAUGGUAGAAUCAAAAGAAAAUACUAGAGACGUUGCUGCUGCAGCAAAAAUAGGUAAGUUGUUGGGAGAGCGGUUGCAGGCUAAAGGAGUUCCCGCCAUAUCUGUUUUCUUUAAGAAAGAACAACGAUACCAUGGAAAGGUCAAAGCAGUUAUCGAUUCAGUCCGAGAAGCAGGCAUAGAAUUGGUUUGAUUGGAUUCCCUUUUCUCUCCCAGGCAAAGGCUUAUUAUGUUUUAUUAAGCUCUACUUGGACAAUUUGCUUGCCUCAGUUCUUGCAAUUUUCAAUGUAUAAGAUGUCACUUCUGACAUUCCCUGUGUUUUGAAGCUUCUAUACCAAGAACAAGGUUCAUAGCAUCCUCCCCCCCGACACGCGACGUAUUUUUCAUAACAAGAGUUGCCUGAUACUUGUGAAUCCUAUUCAUCAUUGGGUAGAAAGUUCAUUUAAAAGCUUCAAAAAUCUGAAUUUGAUUACUUGUACUCCUGGAGCAUUAAAUAAA